GUUACACCUUACGUUACAAACCAGAAAUGUUAUAAAGUCCAGUUUACAAGGUAACAUUUCUGGUUUGGUCAGUUUAACCUUUCACUAACUCAAAGUAAGGUCAAACCUUGUCCACGUCUCUUUGUUGUUUACUUCAAUUUAGAUAUACCUUGUGCUUUAUCCUUUGCUUCUUUAUAUCUCAACUACGGAAAAUGAAUGAUAACAAUGAGGGCGAUAAAACUACAAUAAGAGUCCAGGUAUCGGAUGCUCACCAGGAUAUUAUCCUGGAUUGGUCAAAGGAUUGGUAUGACAUAAAGAGAGACACAUUUAGACAGCUGGCGGAAUUCACUGGAAUACCAUUAAAAAAUUCUUAUGACAUUUCAUUUUCGAAGCUACCUGUUACAAACGAUGUUUAUCCUGAAAACCCUUUUGUUUUUCGCGCUGGUGCACGAGCAUGGUUUCGUGUUACAAACUCGUACCCCAGACCUGAAGACAUACAAUUACCUCGAAGUCUGGCUCCAUGUAAAAAGCAAGAUUUUAAAGAUAAAUUCUUUAGAGAUGGAGAUUGUUUUGCUCUCAAUACAAGGCUGAAAAUGAAAUUUACUCUGGAAGAGCUGUUCGUUGAAUAUAGAUUAGUUCAUCGAGAUUUGAUUGAUGAAACUGAAUGCAGCAGCUCAUUUUGCCAUCAUACAAGUAACAAAGCUUUCUUGGAUAAACAAGCGAAAAUAACCAAUUCAGAUCUUGAAUCUUAUCUAAGAGCUCAGCCUCGUCCAGAUCCUCUUAUACUCGACAGACCUUAUACCAUUGCAGAUGAAUUGAUAGAUCCUGUACAAAUUAGAAAGAGAAAGAUUCUUGCAGAUUUUAAUAUUGGACAAUAUUUCAAUUCAUAUUGCAAGUGCCUCGAUUCCAAUCUACCGUUCGUUAGACACAGACUUCGUACUUACUGGCCGAAUCGUGGUUAACUUAGAUCGUAUCAGGUUUUUAAUUAUUUUUGAUAAAUGAUUUAAUUUACAUCAAUUAAACAAAAAUUCUA